CGACCACGUCUUCUUCGACGGGAUGUAUUCGAUAGGAUUGCUGUACCGGUGAGAAGAAUGAAUAGUUGUGAAGAUGCUUUACGAGGAGUGGUACGGAAUAUUCCUAUACAUGUCGAGGGAGCUGAGAAGAAAAACAUGGACAGUUUUGUCGGUGAGCCAGCCGGCUAUGGAACACUCAAUGGUGGCCCGUUUCGGCGGAGACUAAGUGAUUCCGGCGGAAGUGAACUGGGUAUCCCUUCUCCCAGAGGGUUUAGAAGAGCAAUGAGUAGCGGUCGACUAUCUCCGUCCACACUUCCGAAAACCUCCAACUCUCAGCCACAACUCUCAUCCGAUGAUGACGAUCGUCGUACCAUCCGCAGUGACAUCAGUCCACAUCGGACCCUCGUCAUCCCCAGCUCAGUUCCUGGAGGUAAAUCGAUUGAAAUCCCUCUGGGAUCCGUCAGCCUGAGCUCAUCACGACAAGACCUCACCUUCCCUCGAAAUGAUCGUGGUCGUAGCCCAAAACCGGAGUCUCAAAUGGAAAAGCUCACACAACGGCUGAAGAACCUCGCAAAACCGUUCCGAAGCCCGAGUCGGCAAAGUAAUGAACGAGACAAGACCCGGUGUGCGAGCCCAGCGGACAGCAGCGGAAUUUCAGCCGAUAUCACUGAUUCGAAUUCUGGAGAAGAUACCAAGGUGAGUAGGACCCUGAACCAUACGGCAGUAUCGAUUAAACUUCAAUCAUUAGACUUUGUUUGGUUUUCUUUGGUUUACUCAGUGUAA